AUGGCCUUUGCUGUAGGGAGCAGCAAAGGUGAUGAGCUGCUAAGUGAGGACGAGGAGAGCUCUCAGCAGGAAAGUCCAGAUUUACACCAGAGAAUCCACACAGGUGAGAAACCCUAUGGGUGUGCAGAGUGUGGCAAAGGCUUUUGUAGCAGUUCUCAGCUAAUUUCACAUCAGAGAAUUCACACAGGAGACAAACCGUGUUUGUGCACCAAUUGUGGCAGGAGCUUCUAUUCAACUUCUGAACUCAGCAGACAUCGGAGAAUUCACACUGGAGAAAAACCCUACGUCUGUGAUGAUUGCGGGAGAGGCUUUACCCAGAAAUCACACAUGGUUACUCAUCAGAGAACCCACACUGGAGAAAAACCAUUCAAAUGCCCAGAAUGUGGAGAAAGUUUCAGUAUUAAGUCAGGCCUACAAAGCCAUCAGCGGGUACACACGUCAGAAAAGCCAUAUGUCUGCCUGGUGUGUGAGAAGAGCUUUGGCUGGGCCUCUGUUCUGCUCAGACAUCAGAGAAUUCACACAGGAGAGAAACCCUAUACAUGCCCCGACUGUGGGGAAAGCUUCAGUCAGAGCUCACACCUUAGCAGUCAUAAACGAGUCCAUGUGACUGAGAAGCCUUACGCAUGUGUGGAAUGUGGGAAAAGCUUUAGGAGGAGCUCAGAGCUCAUUGCUCACCAGAGAACCCACGUGGGGGAAAAGCCCUUUUCAUGCAACGAGUGCAAGAAAAACUUCAGCAGAAGUUCGCAGCUGAUUGCACACCAAAGAAUCCAUACAGGGGAAAAACCUUACUCGUGCAGUGAGUGUGGUAAAAGUUUCUGUUACACGUCAAAUCUGAACAGGCACCAAAAAAUCCAUACAGGGGAGAAAGCCUACAAAUGCUCCACCUGUGGGAAAGGAUUCUCCCAGAGAUCAAACUUUACCACACAUCAGAGAAUCCACACAGGUGAAAAUCUCUAUAAAUGCAACGACUCUGGACAAAGCCUUAGCAUUAAAUCAGACCCCCUUUGCAAUCAGCAGGUUCAUGCAGGGGACAAGGGCAUCCUUCAAGAAUUUGUUUUCAAUGUGAUCUAA